AUGAUGCCUCCGAAGAAAGAAUCUAACCCGUUUAAAAAACCACGCGAUAGGAAGCCCAAACGGAAAGUUAGGCCGAACCGUAAGCGCGGGACGAAAUCGGCGAUUCCAUCACGCGCUGUCAAGAAAGAGCGGUCAACCGGUCUUUCGAAGGCAGCGAAAUGGAGCAUAGGAAUCGUGACGGUUAUAUUGGUUCUAUCGGGUAUUGCGGCAGGGCUGUUCCUUUACUUCUUAUAUUAUACAACGGAAGAGGUCACGAUUGCCAUCCAACCGUACCCGGAGGACAUGAGAUACCCCAAAAGAGAGGAGUAG